ACUCAUUCUUUGGCCAAAGGAAUUAUGGUCCAUCUGGGAUUGGACUCUGUAAGGGAAGGGUUUGUUUGUGUAUAUACACUUACGACCAGUAUAAAACAGAAUCUUCAGCAAGACCGUGGGACCUCACAACUGAUUUCAGAGUUGGCCAUGUCUCAACAGGGUGAAGAAGUUAAGAGGCCUGAGGUAAAAGCAGAGGAUUUAAUUGGAGCCAAGGAUAAACUGGGAUCUGGAACAGAGGUGAAGAGCAAGACCUUUGAAGUGAUGCAGGAAUGUGAACAGGCUGGGAAGGUCGCGCCAUCCGUCUUCAGCAAUGUUCGCUCAGGAUCUGAGACUGCCUUUAACAAACCCAGCAAGAGAAAGUAACACUAGGAAACCACUGUUUUACUGAACCAUACAGCUAAAACAUGUAUUUAUAAAUGAAUCCAAAGCAUUAACAUUAAAACAACUCUGAACAUUG